AAAAUAUAUAUAAAUAUAUGAAUAUUACAUAACGUGAAGUGAUUGAUUGAAGAGCAACAAGAAAAUUGCCAAUGUCGAAAAAAGAACAAAAGAAAGCAAAAGAACCCGAAUAUAAGUUGGAAACAGUUCCGAUGGAUCCACGUUUUCCAAACUCGAAUGUGACGCGACAUUGCUGGUUUUCCUAUGUGGAAUUCCAUCGUUGUCAGAAGAGUCGUGGUGAAGGGCAUGAAUCAUGCGCAUAUUUUCAAAAAGUUUUCAAAACAAUGUGUCCGAAUGCUUGGGUGGAAAAGUGGAAUGAACAACUGGAAGCCGGUGUCUUUCCAGGCCGAAUUUAAAAUUUUUCCUUUAUUAGUUUGCUGUCAAUUAUUGUUAAAUGACAUAAUCCAUGCUACUAUCCAAAAUGUUAAGCGCUUCAAAACACAUACAAACAGCAAUACCUACAGCCACAUAAACGCAUUUUCACAAUGUAAAUCCACUUUUUCACCUAUUUAAUAUAAAUUACUUAAAUAAAAUUGUUUUUAGUGUAAAAAA